GACUCUUGUCCCUCAACUUUUAUUAAAUAAAAAGAUUUUUUUUAUUGGUUCAUCGUUUUACAUGAAAUUUAUAAAAUAAACUCGAAUAAAUUGGAGAAUAAUAGAACUAAACAUCACGUUUUAUAAGAUUUAUAAACUUUAAUAUAAGAUUAUUCGUUUAUGAAACGACAAUAAAAAAGCUAAAACAGACAAUCAGACAAACGGCUCUGUAACUAAAACUAGUUCUUCUUCUCUUGGUUUUGUCCGAUUUGAUCAAGAACAUGAGUUGGUGGUGGGCUGGUGCCAUCGGAGCUGCCAAGAAAAAAAUAGACGACAACUAUGAGCCGACGCAAAGCUACCAAAGCGUCGCACUCAUCAUCGGCGUCACCGGAAUCAUCGGAAACAGCCUCGCCGAGAUUCUCCCUCUCUCCGACACUCCCGGCGGUCCAUGGAAAGUCUACGGCGUCGCUCCCAGUCCUCGUCCCACCUGGAAACCCGAUCAUCCCGUUGGUUACAUCCAGUGCGACGUCUCCAACGCCGAGGAAGCUAGAUCAAAGCUUUCUCCUUUAACAGACGUCACGCACGUCUUCUACGUCACGUGCACAGACCUUGAGAGCGAGGCUAACGGCUCCACGCUACGUAACGUCCUCCGCGCGGUUGUCCCCAGCGCAAAGAAUCUCCGACACGUUUGUCUCCAGACAGGGACCAAGCACUACUACAUCGACAAGUCUCUUGAUUCUCCUUUCACGGAGGAUAUGCCGAGGUUGAAGAUCAAGAACAACUUCUAUUACAGUCUGGAGGAUGUUCUGUUUGAAGAGGUCAAGAAGAAGAAAGAGAGUAGUACCGUGACUUGGUCCGUACAUAGACCGAACACUAUCUUUGGAUUCUCUCCUUACAGUUUGACGAACGUUGUGGGGACUCUCUGCGUCUACGCAGCCAUCUGCAAGCAAGAAGGGUCUCCGUUGCUUUUCCCUGGGAGCAAGGAGGCGUGGGAAGAAUUCGCGGCGGCCUCGGACGCUGACUUGGUCGCUGAGCAGCAGAUUUGGGCUGCGGUUGAUCCGUACGCCAAGAACGAGGCGUUUAACUGCAACAACGGGGAUGUCUUCAAGUGGAAACAUCUGUGGAAGGUUCUUGCCGAGAAGUUUGGAAUCAAGGAGUUUGGAUUUGAGGAAGGGAAGAAUGUUGGGUUGGUGAAGAUGAUGAAAGGGAAAGAGAGAGUGUGGGAGGAGAUUGUUAAGAAGAAUCAGUUGAAAGACAGGAAGCUUGAGGAUGUCGGUGUGUGGUGGUUUGCUGAUGAUGUGCUAGGUGUUGAAGGGAUGAUUGAUAGUAUGAACAAGAGUAAAGAACAUGGCUUCCUUGGUUUCAGGAACUCCAAGAACUCUUUCAUCUCGUGGAUUGAUAAGUACAAGGCUUUCAAGAUCGUGCCUUGAUUCAUCUUCUAUACAUUGUCACAACAAAAGUGGAUGUAACUCUUGUUUUUUCUUUGUUUUAUUUCUCGGAUUUUUACUUGUGUGCAGAAAGAUAAAAAUAAAGGCGGGUUUCAUUUGUC